UUAAAUCUGACAUUAAUUCCUAAUUAUCAACCCAUUUCUCCACACGCCCGAGUUUUCCCACGAUGAAAAUACACUUGAAUAUUUUCAGGUACAUUUCAAUGAUCUGAAAAGAAAGAUGAGAUAUCGAAAUAUUUUGAUGAUUUACAUGGCCACAUCGAUUCAUGCUUGCUACGGAUAUAGACAACUAGUUAUUCCAGGUGAAACAGAAGCCAGCCAGAGUUCUACAUAUAACAAUUAUACAGCAUCCAGGGCAAUAGACGGGAAUCCUUCCCUGCUUUCAUUGCGAAGUGGAUCGUGUUCGCAUACAGGAAUGGGGAAACAAGAAGCAUGGCUACGAAUUGACCUUGAGAAAGUUUUCAAUGAAAAAUACUUCAAAUUUUGGUACCGUAAUGACCAUACGAGACAACUUGAAAAUACCAUACGGUUACAUGGCUACCAUCUACAACAUUAUUACGAUGGUUGGAGAACGUGUUACCAAGAUAGAACUCCUGUCAAUGAGCUUAUUUCCAUGCCAUCUAUAGUGGAAUGUCCUAUAAGAGCUAAACAUCUACGGUUUUAUACAAAUACACAGAGUCCUAUGGACAGAGGGCAGGCCUUCUUGGAGAUAUGUGAAGUGGAAGUGUAUGGUUGUGAUGUGAAUCAGUAUGGUGAAAACUGCACGGAAUGCGGAAAGCACUGUGAUAUUUGUCAUAUUGUUUACGGAUGUGUAAAGUGUCAGUCUGGAGGACACUACGGGCGCUGUAAGGACUGUAAACCAGGCUUUUCGGGAGAAUAUUGUCAGCCAUGUCCGACGGGAUGGUAUGGAUAUAAUUGUUCCCAGUCGUGUAGUGGUAACUGUUUGAAUUCAGAAAAUUGUGACAGAGUUACCGGAAGUUGCCCUAGCGGAUGUGUGUCUGGAUACAGGGGAGAUAAUUGUUUACAACAAUGUUCGCAAGGAAAAUAUGGAUACAAGUGCAACAAAACUUGCAACACAUGUAAAGAUAUGAUUUGUAAUCAUGACAAUGGAUCUUGUUCUGUUGGUUGUACUGAUGGCUGGACGGGGGAACUUUGCGAUGAAAGUGAGAAAUUUUAACGGUCCAAACACAGUCAGAUAAAAUCUGGUCAAACACAGUCCAAAAAAAAAAAAAAA